CUCGCCGCCGCCGGGAGCGCGGUGGCUGCAGCGCCCGCCGUCCAGAAGAUGGUCCCCGCGGCCCGACAGCCCGCCCUGCUCGCGCUGAGUAUUGUGUUGGCUGUGUGCCAGGCUCUGGAGAACAGCACAUCCCCUCUGAAUGGUGACCAUCCUGACGGGUUUGCCCACCUCACUUCUCCUCAGACGGAGCUGAAAUCCUGGGCAGACCCACCCGUGGCCGCUGCAGUGGUGUCGCAUUUUAACGACUGUCCAGAUUCCCAUACUCAGUUCUGCUUCCAUGGAACCUGCAGGUUUCUGGUGCAGGAAGAUAAGCCAGCAUGUGUCUGCCACUCUGGUUAUGUGGGUGCACGCUGCGAACAUGCAGACCUCUUGGCUGUGGUGGCUGCCAGCCAGAAGAAGCAGGCCAUCACUGCCUUGGUGGUUGUCUCCAUCGUGGCCCUGGCUGCCCUUAUCAUCACCUGUGUACUGAUACACUGCUGCCAGCUCCGAAAGCACUGUGUGUGGUGCCGUACCUUCAUUUGCCGACACGAGAAACCAAGCGCCCUCCUAAAGGGAAGGACUGCUUGCUGCCACUCUGAAACAGUGGUCUGAGGGCCCAGGGGAGUUUGGCCCGUGACCUAUGGCAACCCAAUGAAGAAAGGCCUUCUUCAAGACAAUGCCACUAGGGACACCUAGGACAUGCAGCAGGCCUUUUCUCAGCCGACAGCCACCUGUGAAGACUUGUGUCUUUUGUAAGUCUUCAGAACUGAGUUGAAAACUCUGCUGUCACUCUUCAGUGUGCCCUAGAGAAGAAGUCCACAGACCACUAUUUAAAGAUGUCUGGACAAGAAUUGCAAAGGAUUGAUCUUCCUGUUCAUCUGCGCUGAGCAUUUAUGUCAGCUGCUGUUGGAGUCCCAACAUGUGCUGGCAUCUCCUGCUUGUCAUGGAUUCCAUGCUAUUUCUUCUUUAAUGGUUUGCCUGUCCCUAAAAGAGACUCCAUGGCUGUUACUGUUUAGAAAGUUGAUGAAGGAAAGUGGUAGCUUACUGUUACAUGGAGACUCCAAAUUCAAGAGGUACCAUGGCCUCUGACUGUGAGCUCCUAACCAGUCCUAACAUCUUCUAUGAAAAUCCCAUAUGGAAGCCUUCCUAAGCUGACAUCAUCAUCUGAGAUCAUUUCUUAUUUACUAGAUGGAUGAUUUUUUUCAUCCUUAAGUCAUUGUAAAAGGUAUAAACCUUCAGAUGUUUAUAGUAUGUGCAGCUGGCUGGAAAGGUAUACUGGAAAGGUACAUCUGGCCUCUUAAAGACAGUUAACAUUUAGGGAAGCCUCCUGGGGGCUCUAAGGCUGGAAUCCAAGAAUGUGUUCUAGUGAAAGCAAAGGUUGGGGUUCAGGAGUCAUGGCAUCCAUCUAAGUCACAUAGCAGGUAAGAACCAGGUUCAUACUGGUCACAAAGUUAGCAAGGCCAAUAGCAGAGACUGUCCCCUCUGUUAAGGCAAGAGGACAAGGUGCCUGGGUGUAUGAGCAUCCAGGGCAGACACAAUAUGAACAGGAUGCCUUGGUUACUAAAUGGAUUAACUUCCUCAUAAGCAGCUUUGAGUGUGGGUUUUCCAGGCCAAAUCCCUGGAGGGGGACCAGCCCUUUAUUUUCCAUGUUGUCACUUGGUUUUUUCUUAUUUUUAAAAGGAGAAAAUUAACUUUCUUAUUUAUUUUCAAGCAUUAGAAGAAAUAUUCCAGUGAGUUGUUUUUUUUUCCUUUUGGAAUGUCUGUUAUUAUUAACAAGAAUGCCACUAAGCCUCUCACAUUCCUCUAGAGAAGAAGAAAGUGCUUCUGAGCACUCAGGGAUGUUUUGGCCCAUUGGGUCAGACCUCAUCCUUGGGUUACUUAGUAGCAUCUAAGAACAGAAUGACAGUGGGUGACAUAUAAACUCAUUGAGGAAGCCACUUACAAACAUUUGAGAGGAGAAUGGCCUCACCUGUUUGACCUUCAGAGCCUCUAACAUAUCAAGAAAGGGACAUUUAACAUACCAACUUGGCUUAAAGUUGCUAUCAGAAAAUUUUGCUUUGCCUCCAUUCUUCCCCAUUUCAUGUUUCUAUGAAUUUUUUUCUUUUUUCUUACAGUCUAGGCAAUAAACUGCCCCCUAUCUUAACCUUAGCACUCUUAUUUCAUGAUACCUGAAGCUAUAAAUGCAAAAUUUGGGACUGUUCUGUUCUGGCCCCCUAAUUAUAUAGUUGACAGCUCCAAGUGGGUUUUUUAAUUAUUAUAAUUGCUGUUAUUAUUAUUUUGAUUGGUGUUUCAUUUUGUUGAGGCAAGAUCUUGCUAUAUAGUCUAGGCUGGACUUGAACUCAAGAUCCUCCAUGCUUAGCCAUCUAAGUGCUGGGUUUCCAGGUGUAUGCCACCAUAUCUAGCACAGUUUUCAAUUAUCAAAGGAAAUAGGGUAAGUUUGCACUUCUUGGAUCAGAUAUUAGGGUUAAGGUUUGAUUAUAGCCUGCUACUCAGAGAACAAUCAGCACCAGAUUGAAAGCCUCAGCGUUCUCAGUGAGACCUUAUUGAAGGUCUGAGGUCCUGGCAUACAGAGAGCACUGAUAGUGCAGGUGCAGCACCUGGUGGUAAUUUAGUUUAUAUUGUUAACUUCAGACAGAAGAGCUUUUCUGGUCUAGUGGAAGCUCUUGGAAGUCUGGUUGCUUUUGAAGAGUAUUAGCUGAUAUGACAAUAUUUAAUGAAGCUUUCUUAGCCUAAUGAAAAGAGGCUCAGUGUUCCACCUUAAAGACAUGAGAAAUUGGCAUCUAAGAAGGAUGGAAGCAGAAAAACUGCAAGGACCCCAGCUGUUUGCAGUGGCCAGGGCCAUUCCUAUAUGCCAUGACUGAGCUCAAAUGCCACUAGAAGUGUCUUCAGAACUGGUCCAUUGUAAGCCAGAAGAUCUGGAAAGGGCCAGAAGCUGAAGCUAGAUGGAGACAAGCCUGGCUAGACCAUUGUCCACACCCCAAGAUAUGACAGCCUUGCUUUAUUGGUGACCUCGAUUUGAGAAGUCAAAUGGCAAGCACUGGGCUCCUGUACCAUCUUACAGUGGUGAUGGUUCCUGGAUUAGCUAAGAAGAUGCUCUGCAGAUUCAAGAUGCAACUUCUAAAGCAUCUCUAAAAGCAUCUCUGCAUAAUCCUACACUCCUGCCCUUCUCAAAGCCCAGUGUUCAUUAGGACUUCUCAGGAGCAUUCCUAAGCCACCACACAGGGCAGUAGAGAACACAGCUGUUCCAGAGACUCAUGGCCAAGAAAAUCCCCAUUAAAGAUGAAUUCUAGGGCUGGGAGAGAUGGCUCAGUAGUUAAAGACACUUGCUUGCAAAGUCUGCCAACCCAUGUUCGAUUCCCCAAUACCCACAUAAAACCAGAUGCAGAAAGUGGCAUGUGUGUGGAGUACCUUU